AUGCAUCAGACGCCCGCCGAGUUCAUUGAAAGCCCCAUGAUACCCAGUCAAUACGAUAAAUGGCCUCAAAAUCCUUCUCCAUCCCAUAAGAUCUCCAUAAAAUAUUCUCCGACCUCAACUCCGCCCGAAUCUGUGCAAUAUUACCAUGACAGGUACAGUACCCCGGAUCAUCAGAUUUACAAUGACUGCGGAUUGAAUCAAAGCUUUGUGCAAUUCCCCUCAACCGCUCAUACCGAGACCUCAUCGAGUUCGGAGCAUUCCCCUCAGGGUUUCGGGUAUGAGAGUGUGAAUGGAUACGAGCAAUGGUAUGUCUAGUGUAAUAUAAAAACUUGGCUUUACUUUGAUUUUUUUGAGCUUUUGGUAAUCUCUUUGUUUUCUAGGCAAGGAAACCCCUUAGGCUAUGUAGAACAAGCCGGAUACGACGUCUAUAUGGAAAUGCCAUCGUCUUCGUCGCAGGUCUCCUACGAUCAGGCUAAUUUAUCGCCAAUUCAAUGGUAAGAAAAAUGAAAAAUCAUUAUCUAUAUGUGCCAUACUCGUUUUACCUCAAUUUACAAACCAAUAAAGUCACCAAAUAUUCGUAAAUCAACCAAUUUUUUAGUCUAAACCACUAAUUUCCCCAUUAUUCUAGGCUAAACUCCCCAAACCCUGCCAAUUUCGAUCCUCAAACCCCUCCAAUGCCCUUCCAAGACCCAUCAUUCUACCCGCAACCUCUACCUCAGCCUGCCUACCAAUCAGCUCACUCAUCGCCCGACGAUUCAAGUUUUUACGAGUUUUUCACCCCAGGACAAGCUCCUUUGCCGAGCAUAGAAGGCUUCCAGAAGCUCGAGAAUGGAGAACUCAACGUCUCGACCACUCGAUUCACCCCUCAGAAGUUCAGUGAAGAAGUUAAGCCAGUAGAAGUGAAAGCAAAACGGAAACCAACCCAAAACUGCCACAAAUACUCGAUCUGUGCCAAUUGUAAGACAAAUAAUACAACUUUGUGGAGGAGAAAUGCGAACGGAGAUGUGGAGUGCAAGUAAGUACCACAUCUUACCAUAAUCUAAGAUCAAAGAAUUAAUUUUUGAGUUCUCUUUCGACCAUUUCUUACAUUAUACUAGGCAUCAGUACUUUACUCAUCGAAAAAUAGCAAAAAAUCUAAAUUCUGACCACUUUCAGCGCCUGCAAUCUCUACUUCCGCAAGAACAAUUGCUCUAGGCCUCCGAAACUCCAAAAACGAGGGAUAAUGAAGAGAGCGCGAAACCCCAGACAGCCAGUCAAGCAAUACGAAUAA